AUGAGAGAAGUCAACUUCAGCAUUCCGAACGUCAAUAAGGCGUCGGUUGGCAUUACUACCGCACUUUAUGACCGACGAGCCCUCGAUUGUACAUCUACACUACCACUCAUCAACUCUCUUAAUCAUCUUGCCUACUUGACAACCUCAUCCGCUCGUAUCCGCGAUAUAUUGACUGUGGAUGGAGGGAUCGAGCGCCUUGUGUGCAUUUUGAAACAAGGCCGAAGUAAAGAUAUGAUGGGAAUGUGGAAGUGGAACCUUGCCUUCCAAUGUGUAGUCAACAUUGGCGUCCGUGGCACGGAAAAUGUGCGAACACGUGUAGUCGAGGCUGACAUGGUUCCCGUUAUUGCCACAAUACUUGACAAUUAUAUCAAAAUAAUUGAAAAGUGUCGUGAAAAGGCUGAAGAAGCCAGCCAAAAGGAGGGUCACGAACACAAUCACCGCCGUCACCGUGGCCACGAUCACCGCAGCUCCUCCAAGACCUCAGCAUCUUUCCCUAGUCGGUCUACUCGCCUGGAACCAGAUCAACGGUCCUUUCGCCGUCACGGGCCUCCUCCAUCCAUAGAUGUUUCGGCUACCUAUGCUGGCCCAUCUACUACGGCUCUAUCGAGCGUCGAACCUACGAACCUCUCCUCUCGGGCUACCACAACCACGCCAGAUCGACCUCGAGCAACAACAGGAAGCCACCGUCGAUACAGUUUCCGUGGCACAGACAGCCGCAGUGUUGGUGCUCUAUCAGGUGGCUCCUCGAUGCAACCUCUCGCUACAGCAAUGUUGGCAGUGGAUAGUAUUGACACUUUCGUACGACCCGCUCGUGACUCGGACCGUUUAGCAUCCUUGUCUCUUUUCAAUCAAAUCGAUAAUGCGUCUCAGCCAACUUCACCAACUUCACCACUUCCCCCUCCCCAACUCCAAUCAUCCUCCGUGGGACAUUCGCCCGCUGCCAAUGAUGCCGUAGUCACAGCGGUGGCGGCGGCCGCGGCGGCCGCGGCUGCUGCGCUUGAUGCUACUGAACGAAGCCGUCGCCGGCCGUCUAUCCGGCACCAAAACUCAACUGUUGAGACAGACGACAUGAAUGCUGACAGUAUGCCGUCGGACGAGUCUCCCGAUGCCGAUAUGACUGGGAAUACUGAGAUUCAAUCUACAGUAGGCAUUCAAGAUAUUUCCAUGGAGGACGGAGACAGCAUGCUCCCCGGAUCAUCUCUUGAGCUCACAACGCCAACCGUAUCACACACGCACCAAGAUACUGAUGCUUUCAAUAUCACACACCGCACGGGUAUGGACGGAAGUCUUGGAAACACGGCUAAUCCAGCCGCUGCGCCUCCCACGGGACUGUCCCCAAAUCGACCUGCCAUAGUUACACCACCUCAACCGCAGGUGCCAAGCACAACUGUGCCACGAUACCUCCUGGACCGUCAUUUCUCCCCAACCCCGCAAAUGCUCGCCGUGAUGCCACGAGAGGAAGAUGUGUUGAUGUCUUUGCAGCUGUUGGCCUAUGUCUCCAAAUACUGUGGCUUACGAUCUUAUUUCCAAAGGAGCCACUUAGUACCGAAGUUGUCACUUGGUACAAACCUAGCUCUUCUGGACGGGGACGACGAAGCCAUGGACGCAGACGACGUGGACGAGUCUGACGAAGAGUACCUCCUCCCGAAUGACUUCAACCUUUUUCCCCUCGUGGAAAAGUUUACGGUUCGAUAUCACAGCACUGAUAUGCAGUAUUGGGCUGGGGUUGUGAUGCGCAAUCUCUGCCGUAAAGAUGAUACCCGUGGCGGCAUUAGACAGUGUGCUUAUUAUCAAUGUGGAAAGUGGGAAGAGUACACAAGACAGUUCGCGAAGUGUCGGCGAUGUCGGCGUACCAAAUACUGCAGUAAGGAAUGCCAGAAGAGCGCAUGGGCUUUCCAUCGCCAUUGGUGCGUAGCCGCGUCGCAGUAA